CGGCGGUGGCGGGGGCUAGCCGGGCUACGGAGGCGGCAGUCAAGAGCGUGGAGCGCCCAGCGCUAGGGCCCAUCCGCGUGCAGGCACCCCAGGGCACAGCCAGCUCGGCCCUGGGCCGGGGGGCCCGGCGCCCGCAGCCCCCCACGCCCGGAGAGGGAUGCGGUGCGCCCUGAGAGCCCGGUAGCCUCGCAUCGCGGCGCUGUAGACUCGAUGAUGGAUGAGCCGUGGUGGGAAGGGCGUGUCGCCUCGGACGUCCACUGCACCCUGCGCGAGAAGGAGCUGAAGCUGCCCACCUUCCGAGCCCACUCCCCGCUCCUGAAGAGCCGCCGGUUCUUUGUCGACAUCUUAACCCUGCUGAGCAGCCACUGCCAGCUCUGCCCCGCCGCCCGGCACCUGGCCGUCUACCUGCUGGACCACUUCCUGGAUCGCUAUAACAUCACCACCUCCAAGCAGCUCUACGCCGUGGCAGUCUCCUGCCUUCUGCUUGCAAGUAAGUUCGAGGAUAGGGAAGACCACGUCCCCAAGCUGGAGCAGAUAAACAGCACGAGGAUCCUGAGCAGCCAGAACUUCUCCCUUACCAAGAAGGAGCUGUUGAGCACGGAGCUGCUGCUGCUGGAGGCCUUCAGCUGGAACCUCUGCCUGCCCACGCCCGCCCACUUCCUCGACUACUACCUCCUGGCCUCUGUCAGCCAGAAGGACCACCACUGCCACAGCUGGCCCACCACCUGCCCCCGCAAGACCAAAGAGUGCCUCAAGGAGUACGCCCACUACUUCCUAGAGGUCACCCUGCAAGAUCAUAUUUUCUACAAAUUCCAGCCUUCUGUGGUGGCCGCAGCCUGCGUUGGGGCCUCUAGGAUUUGCCUUCAGCUUUCUCCCUACUGGACCAGAGACCUGCAGAGGAUCUCAAACUACUCCCUGGAACAUCUCAGCACAUGCAUCGAAAUCCUGCUGGUAGCUUACGACAACAUCCUCAAGGAUGCCGUCGCGGUCAAGAGCCAGGCCUUGGCGAUGGUGCCCGGCACGCCCCCAGCCCCCACCCAGGUGCUGUUCCAGCCACCCGCCUACCCCGGCCUCGGCCAGCCGACAGCGAUGGCCCUGGCCCAGUUCCAGACCCCCGUGCAGGACCUGUGCGUGGCCUAUCGGGACUCGCUGCAGGCCCACCACUCGGGGACCCUGCUCUCAGGGGGCAGCGGCUCAUCCCUCCAUGCCCUGUACCCCACCCUCCAGCCCCUGGACGUGUGUCCCGUGCCGCUGCCCGCGUCCCUCAGCAUGCACAUGGCCAUUGCAGCUGAGCCCAGACACUGCCUCGCCGCCACCUACGGGAGCAGCUACUUCAGCGGGAGCCACGCGUUCCCUGCGGGCUGUUUCGACAGAUAGGGCACCUUUAGCCACGCAGGGAGGCCUUGGAGAUCUGGGCAGAGGAAGAGGGCGCUGACGAAGGGAGCUCAGCCCAGUGAGGCGCCUGGGAGGCUGUCCCCGCAGAGCCUCAGGACCCUUGAACGGAGAGGGUGCAUGCUCUUUUUAAAUAAAACCGACCCAGGGCAAAACAGGCAGUGACAUACCUCACGCAAGAGCAUUGCUCUGGAAAACGUCUUCCACGUGUGGCUGGGAUGCAAGGGGACGGCUCAGUGGCCACCCCCUGGAGAGGGGCCCAGCAGGUCGAGAAGGACCUGGGAAGAGGCCAGGAGACUGGGGACUGGAUGCAGACCAGCAGUUCACGAGCACGUCCAGGUUUUAGCAUCAAAGACUCCUUUCUUCUUUGCCGAUGGCAGCUACACCACUGAA